AUGGAUUUACUUGAUAAGGCGCUGGCAAAGGUUGGGGGUUACAAACGCGUUCAGAUUGUACUAACUGUCAUCGUGUCCCUUGGUGUUUACACCACCUGUACCUUCCACCCACUCGCUAUUGUAUUCAUCGGAUGGGAGCCAAGUCAUGUGUGUAAAGAUUUAUCGAGUUUGGACAAUUCUGAAAGGGAAAUAUUUUCUCAAGAUAAUAUUCACUCAUUUUUCGAAGAUUUGAAUUAUAAUAAAACCAUAUUUACGAAUAAUUUCUCAAUAGUAUUAAAUAAGAGUAAUAAUAUAGAUAAUUAUAGAAAUUUUAAAUGUUCGUAUUUUACUCAAAAAUUCUUUUCAAAUUUUUCCGACUCGGUUGAAAAUAUAUCGGAAUUGAUAGAAGUGAAAUGUAAAACUGGAUGGCUCUACAACAACCAUGGCUACCUAACAGCCGUGGAAGAAUGGAACCUGGUAUGCGAUAGGAACUACUACACGGAUUUAUCCCAGAUAUUAUUUCAGUUUGGAUCUCUAAUUGGAGAGUGCACACUCUCAUUUUUGAUUGAUAGAUACGGAAGGAGAACAUCCCAUGUUAUAUCACACGCCAUCGUCUGCCUGCUAGGAUUGAUCCUAAGUUCUUCAUACAACUUUCAUGUCUUCCUAGUCCUUCGCAUGUUAAUGGGCGUUGUUAACCCGAUGAAUUCGACAUCUGGUUUCAUGUACAUAAUAGAGUUGUUCGACUCUCAGCACAGGACCUUGCCGGCCAUGGCUUCUCAACUAUUAGUUGUUCCUAUGACAUUGCUGCUGGGGCUUGCAGCUUAUUACGUCACGAACUGGAGGUAUUUUCAAAUCAGCAUCUCGUUAGCGUCUGGGUUUAUGGCUAUUGUCUGCUUUUUCAUACCAGAAUCAGCCGCUUGGCUAGCAAUUAGAGGGCAGGUUAAAAAGGCAGACACAAUAAUGAGGAAGAUGGCUAAGUGGAAUGGAAUAGAGUUAACACCACAAAUCAAAUUACUGAGAAGGAUAAGCGUUAACGUAUCGUACGAUACAAUCAUCAACGACAUCAUCAUCGUCGAUAACGAUACUACUACUACUGCUGCUGCUACUGCUACUGCUGCUGCUGCUACUACUACUACUAAUACUACAAACAGCGCUAUUGUUACACUAGUGAACGAUCUAACUCAUCAUAAAGAUGAACUUACGGCAUUUCCCUCAACAUCACCGAAUGCAUCUAGAUUGAGUAUUUCGAAUUGGAAGCCAAAACUAAGCAUUUCAAGUCUAUCUCCCAGUGUUUCUCCUUCGAAAAGAAGCCGACUCUCCUCCAUCUUUGAGGAUAAGAUUAAAAAUAUAAUUCUGCCUAACUUUAAGGAUUUGUUCCUGGACCUCGUUCUUUUGAAAUUUUUAAUGGUCUCAAGUUUGUUAUGGUUCUCUACAACAUUCGUCUUUUCCGGACUCAUGCUUUCGUCGGCCAGAUUAGGCAGUGAAAGAUUUCUAAGUUUCACAAUCAUGGCGCUGCUUCAAAUUCCCGCCAUUUUAAACUGCACCUAUUUCACUAACAGAUUUGGCAGACGUAUCUUCGCCUUCUCCACUCAACUGUUUUGCGGGAUUUUCAUUGGGGUAGUCGUCAUUACACCUGCAAAGAUCAAUGAUUUCGAAACGAAACCGAUAAAGUUGGUGCUAACAUUCGCGUCUUACUGUUUCAUUGCUUCUGCCUUCAGAACUGUCCUCUUCUAUUCUAAAGAACUUUUUCCAACUUCACUUAGAGGCACAAGUAGCGGUGUUUGUCAAAUUUGGGGACGAGUUGGCGCCAUCUUGGGUCCAUUCGCAGCCUAUUUGUUGAAGACAGAUAAAUAUUGGCUGCCCAAUGUAUGUUACUGCAUCGUUUGCAUUUCGACGAGCUUUCUUGUUCUACUUUUGCCUGAAACGAUGGGCCUACCCUUGCCACAAACUGUCAAAGAUUGUCACGAUAUGUAUAAAAAGAAGAAAGAUACUACUACUACUGCUGCUACUACUACUACUACUACAGCUGCUGCUUCUACUACUACUAAUAAUAAUAAUAAUAACCUUAAUAAUAGUAAUAUUAAUAAUGAUAAAACCAACAGUCAGAUAAUGUAACAUGUACGUACACUGCAUUCUCAAAUGUUGACUCCACUUUCUCCUCAAUUUUCUUCUUCUCCUUCCCCCUCUGGUCCAUAAUGUGGCAGUCGUUGACUGUUUGUGGUAAUGGCAAGCCUGCGUAAAAUUAGGUAAGAGUAGGACGAGGAAACUUGUUGAAAUGCAAAUGAUGCAGUAGCACACGUUGGGCCGCAAAACAGCCUGAAAUGCCGCCCAAACGACCAAAAACCUGGCAUAUACCGCUGCUUGUCCCCCUUUGAAUUUGUAUAACAACGACAAUAAAAAGAAGAAGAAGAAGAAAAGGAGAAGAAGAAGAAGAA